UUUUAUGUUGUAGGUUAUGUCGGUAAUCGACAAUCGUGGAGCCGAAAAAUAAUCUCUUAUUUUGCAGUUCUGCCUUACUGUUAUCCUUGUUCGGUGUCGUUUAUUAAUAAUUUAACGUGAAAUAUGUCGACCGAGGGUGAAAUUAUCGAUUUUAACAGUCCUUUCGCCAACUACAGGUCACCAUUAAGCACCCGAUAUGCCAGCAAAGAAAUGCAAUACAAUUUUAGCGAUCAAAAGAAGUUUUCUACAUGGAGGAAGUUGUGGAUUAACCUUGCGAAGGCUGAACAGGAAUUAGGCUUCAACAUUACAGAUGCCCAGAUUAAAGAAAUGGAAGCGCACAUCUACGAUAUUGAUUUUAAAGCGGCCGCAGAGGAAGAAAAACUUACGAGACAUGACGUUAUGGCUCACGUUCACGUGUAUGCUAAGCUUUGCCCCUUAGCCGCUCCUAUUAUCCACGCCGGAGCCACGUCAUGUUUUGUUGGCGACAACACUGACCUUAUCAUCCUUCGGGACGGCUUGGAGAUGCUACAGAGCAGAGUUGCUGCAGUAAUAGGAAAUUUGGCAAAAUUCUGCGAUGAAUAUAAAUCUGUUCCAGCUUUGGGUUUUACCCACUUGCAACCAGCUCAGCUAACGACAAUAGGUAAAAGAGCUACCUUGUGGCUUUUCGACCUGCUGAUGGAUGAAAGAGCGUUGCGAAGAGCCAAGGACGAUCUGAGGUUUAGAGGUGCUAAGGGUACUACAGGAACUCAAGCCUCCUUUUUACAAAUUUUUAACGGAAAUACUGAAAAGGUUAAAGCAUUGGAUAAGAGAGUGUCUGAGCUGUGCGGUUUUAAUAAGGUGUAUCCUGUCACUGGCCAGACAUAUAGUAGAAAGGUCGAUGUGGAAGUCGUUUCAGUUUUAUCAUCUUUAGGGUCCUCUAUACAUAAAAUGUGUUCAGACUUACGUCUCUUAGCCAAUAUGAAAGAAAUCGAAGAGCCAUUUGAGAAAAGUCAAAUUGGUAGCUCAGCUAUGCCAUAUAAACGAAACCCAAUGAGAUCUGAAAGGUGUUGUGCUUUAGCUAGACAUUUAAUGGCCUUGUUUAGUAAUGCCGCUAAUACACAUGCUGUUCAAUGGCUGGAACGUACUUUGGACGACUCGGCCAACCGAAGAAUAACCUUGGCCGAAGCAUUCUUGAGUGCCGAUGCCGCCCUUAUAACGUUAACGAACAUAACUCAAGGUUUAGUAGUUUAUCCGAAGGUUAUUGAACGCCGAAUUAAUCAAGAAUUGCCGUUUAUGUCUGCUGAAAAUAUCAUUAUGGCGAUGGUGAAAAAGGGAGGUGAUAGGCAGGUUUGCCACGAGAAAAUUCGAGUUUUAUCCCAAGAAGCUGGCAACCAAGUGAAAAUCCACGGUAAAGAAAAUGAUCUGUUGGAACGUGUGAGGGCGGACUCUUAUUUUGCUCCUAUAGUUAAAGAACUGGACUCAUUAUUAGAUCCUUCCACUUAUAUCGGAAGAGCACCUGAGCAAGUUACUGAGUUUUUAGAAAGCGAGGUCAAACCUGUUUUGGAGCUGUAUAACUUGGAGGAAAUUAACAAACCUGUUAGCUUAAAUAUAUAGAUGUUUUAUAUUUACAUAUACUUUAAAACGUUUUGAAAGAAAAAGUGUAUUAAAAUUAUGUGGUCAAAAAAUAUAUUACUAAUCUGUU